AUGAUCUUGAGCGACAAGGCUCAGCAGUACCAAACUCCAUUUCUGCUGGAGGGUAAUGAACCAGAGGAGACCACCCAGAUCACAUAUCGUGAGCUUCUGAUCCAAGUGUGUCGAUUCAGCAAUGUUCUCCAAAAACAGGGUAUUCAGAAAGGUGACCGGGUAGCCAUCUACAUGCCCAUGAUACCGGAGCUUGUGGUGGCCAUGCUGGCGUGUGCCCGCCUUGGGGCUCUGCAUUCCAUUGUGUUUGCAGGGUUCUCUGCAGAGUCUCUAUGUGAACGGAUCCUGGAUUCCAGUUGCAGCCUUCUUAUCACUACAGAUGCCUUCUACAGGGGGGAAAAGCUUGUGAACCUGAAGGAACUGGCUGACGAGGCCCUGGAGAAGUGUCGGGAAAAGGGCUUCCCAGUGAGAUGCUGCAUUGUGGUCAAGCACCUGAGGCGGGCAGAGCUGGGCACAAGUGACUCUCCCAGCCAGUCCCCCCCCAUUAAGAGGCCAUGCCCAGAUGUGCAGGGUAAGCUGAAAGAGAAAGCCAAACGCAUCUGGUCCCAGAUAUCCUGGAACCAAGGGAUUGACUUGUGGUGGCAUGAACUCAUGCAAGAGGCAGAGGAUGAGUGUGAGCCUGAGUGGUGUGAUGCUGAGGACCCACUCUUCAUCCUGUACACCAGUGGCUCCACAGGCAAACCCAAGGGUGUGGUACACACUGUUGGGGGCUACAUGCUCUAUGUGGCCACAACCUUCAAGUACGUGUUUGACUUUCACCCGGAGGAUGUGUUCUGGUGCACAGCAGACAUCGGCUGGAUCACUGGCCAUUCCUACAUCACCUAUGGGCCACUGGCCAAUGGUGCCACCAGUGUUUUGUUUGAGGGGAUUCCCACAUACCCGGAUGUGAGCCGUCUGUGGAGCAUCGUGGACAAGUACAAGGUGACCAAGUUCUAUACGGCACCCACGGCCAUCCGCCUGCUCAUGAAGUUUGGAGAUGAGCCUGUCACCAGGCAUAGCCGGGCAUCCUUACAGGUGCUAGGCACAGUGGGUGAACCCAUUAACCCUGAGGCUUGGCUGUGGUACUACCGGGUGGUAGGUGCCCAGCGCUGUUCCAUCGUGGACACCUUCUGGCAGACAGAGACAGGUGGCCAUAUGCUGACUCCCCUCCCUGGUGCCACACCAAUGAAGCCUGGUUCUGCUACCUUUCCGUUCUUUGGUGUAGCUCCUGCAAUCUUGAAUGAGUCUGGAGAAGAGUUGGAAGGUGAAGCUGAAGGUUACCUGGUGUUCAAGCAGCCCUGGCCAGGAAUCAUGCGCACAGUCUAUGGGAACCAUGAACGCUUUGAGGCCACCUACUUUAAGAAGUUUCCUGGGUACUACGUGACAGGAGAUGGCUGCCGGCGGGACCAGGAUGGCUAUUACUGGAUUACUGGAAGGAUUGAUGACAUGCUGAAUGUAUCUGGACAUCUACUGAGCACAGCAGAGGUGGAGUCAGCACUUGUGGAACAUGAGGCUAUCGCAGAGGCAGCUGUGGUUGGCCAUCCUCAUCCUGUGAAAGGCGAAUGCCUCUACUGCUUUGUCACCCUGUGUGAUGGCUACACCUUCAGCCCCACACUCAUCGAGGAGCUCAAGAAGCAGAGUGAGGAGCCUCCCUAAGCAGGGAUUGGAAGGACUGUCCUGAUGGCCCAGUUACCACAGCAAGUUGUUGGGGGGAGGCUAGAGCAAGCUGCUCCCCAAACUACAAACAGAUCCCAGGGGGCCUUAGGGGCUGAUUGCCACCUUCCCAUUCAGUCUUCUCUAGUCUCUCCACUAGGAUAAUAAUUGCUGACAUUUAUAGAAUUCUCUUUGCCCCACUGGGCUAAGUGCUUUAAAUGCAUUAAUCCAUUUUAUCCCUAUAUCACCACUGUGAAAUAGAUCCUAUUGUUACCUUCAUCCUAAAGAUGAAGAAAUUGAGGCUCAGAGAAAUUAAAUCACUUGCUCAAGACCACACUGCUAAUAAAGUGGGAUUUAAACUCUAGCAGGUGGAUGCUUAGAGCUGGAGUUUGAUGAAGGAAGACUGAGAUAAAAUGAGGUAGAAGUGUGUUAAAAAGAAAGACCAGGCGCCUGGGUGGCUUAGUUGGU